AUGCGUAAAAUAGCUUUUGUUAAGGUUUCUGAGAACGAAAAUCGUUCAUCGGAAUUCGCUUAUCCUUAUAUGGAUGCAUCAACAAGUUCUGCUGCGUCAACAGUGUACAUUCCUGCUGCGUCACAGUUGUCGGACAAUACAAGCUUUCACGGAUUACCUCAUAUUGCUGCUGCGCCGGCUACCCUCGUAGCUCCUUCAAAUGCUCCAAUACCCGUACAACUCGUUUGCUCUUCAAUUCAUUACGGUCAGGCCAUGCCUGUUUCCGUUGGUUUAUCUCAGGCUCAAUCGACAACUUUUCCACUAAUGUAUCCGCUGAGAUUGGUACCUCCCGGUUCUGCUGGGUGUUCUGCACCGCAAAAUGGACUGGAUGAGCACAGGGGAGACUUGUCAACGGUCAACUCGUCUUACACAGAACAGUGGGCGAAUCAAUUGUCUUACUGGGGAAAUGUUGAGUCGUGCAAAGACGAAUCGUUAUCUCCAAAAGAUGGUGCGCCAGUUACGUUUCCUUCAAUACCUACUCCACAACCACUUGCCGUGGUGAAGCCAAUGGUCAUUCCACUAGUUGCUUCAACGCGUAUUGAGCAGCCAUUUUCUCCCGCAAAUCCAUCUGGCUCCGAUGAAAUCGCGCAUGGCUCAAUGACCGAGUCGUCGACAUCUUUAAAUUCCUCAUAUCGUCGUGGGCCUGAUUCUGAAAAUAGAGGAAAUGCUUCACUUUCUGAGCAAGCAAUUAACGAACAAAUAGCAGAGAAACAAAGAGCGGAGGCGAGAAGGCUGGAAGAGGAGCGGAGGGAGACGCAAAAAAAGGAGGGCGAAAGGAGAAGAAUGGAAGAAAUAGAGCGGAGCAGAAAAGUAGAAGAGGAGCAACGAAAAAAGGAAGCAGAAGAAGAACGGAAACGAAAGGAAGAUGCAGUUUUGGCAGCUAUCGAAGAAGCAAAGAGAGAAGCUGAAAAACUUAGGAAAGCCAAACUUUAUAAACACGUGUUAGAAGACAGUGAAAACAGUGCUGAAUUAGAACGUACAAUUCUGGGCUACGAUGAUGCUACAAACGUGAAAAUUCUGAAGGAGGUUGAAAGUCUAGAACGCCAAAAAAGGUACGAAAUGAAGAAUUUAGAUUAUAACCAGAAAUCCGUUGCAAAAAAGAAAGAUGAAACUUCCAAAACACUUGAACGAGUACGUAGGUUUACAGACGACGACAGACCAAUUCGGCCUUCACCCCGUAUGAAUCAGACUUUUCCCUGUUAUUCUAAUGAAGAAGAGUCCAUUGGUUUUAAUCGGAGAGGUAGGCAGUCAUUACGUUUACCUAGUGUGGUGAAACCAGUCCAGAAGCCUCGUAGAAAUAGUUUGGAGAGGAGCCCAUCAGAAAAUUUUGUCGAGAAACAACCACUGAAGCAUUCAGUUCGCCGUCCAUCUCUUACCUGCACAAUUCCUGUACGUCCCCAGCGUCGUAUUCCACCACCGUCUGGGAAGGUGAGGCGUACUGUGGUGAAUGAAGCUGUCUCGGAGGAUGUAUCUUCAACAAACGGUGCAGUGAUCGCAGAUGUGAUAUCAUCAGAUAGUUUUCACCCAAUGCAUCAUUCACAAUCUAAACAGAGUAGAAAAAAUGUCGAUGCAGUAAAAGAAGCAAAAAAGAGCAAUAACAUUGAACUGUGUCGCGAGUAUUUGUUCCCAGCCACUUCUGCUUCAGGGCGAACGGCAUCAGCGGAAAUUCCUGCAUUAAAUCCUAUCUCCGCUACACCGUUCCGUCCAGUUACGUCAAGACGCUCAUCGCACGAAGCUUUAUCUCUUCUUUCAGAUAUACCUACGACAGAAAUAGAGGAAAAGAAAGCCUCGCCAAAGCGCCGUUCUAUUCAUCACACCGAAGAUUCUCACCUGCAAAAACAUGGUUGCACUUUAAGUUUGCCUCAAGUUGGAGCUGCAAGUUUAUUGUUAAUUUGCGCUUGCUAUGGGAAGCAGGAGUUUUAUAAGCAUUCUGCUUACUAA